AACAAGCUGACAAGUGCCCGAUAACUUGUACAAGAUUAUCUGUUAAUGCUGUUAAUUCGAUAUCACGGGAUCAUCUUGGAAUGGAUAUUUUUGGCAGAAGACGAUACAGUGAAAAGAAAGAAGAGGAAGACAAUGCCAGGGAAGAAUCUUCAGACAGACCAGAUGUGCUAGGUAGAGAGGAUGAGGAUGAAGAGAGGCUGUCAGACCUGGCUCCUGAAGAUGAUGAUGAUGGGGAAGAUUUUGAUGAAGAUGAAGUUAAUGAUCUGGAAGAGCGGGAAUUACAGUGGAAGGAUCCAUCCACCAAAAAUGCAGUCCCUCCACAUUCCUUAACCGUCACACAUGUCAACCAUACACAGGAUUUGCUGCGUGUGCAGCAUUUGUCAGCUGUUAGUGCAGAAGACCAGAGUACAGAAGAGUGGUUGCAAACCCAUAGCAUAGAGUUCCAAAAGUUAUCCUUGAAGGACUUGGUGGACAAGGGCAAGAUUGGAAAUCCCCAACCAGACACCGUAGAUGGAAAGGUCAAACAGUGUAUACAGUUUGAAGCUUAUGAUGUCAAUGAAUUUGAAUACAAACUUCAUGUGGCUAUUGAAACGUAUACCAAGCGCAUCAAAUGGCUUCUCCAAGGCAGCAGAAGGGUAUUUGGUAACAUUAAAGGGGACAAGGUGGCUGUAGUUAUUGAUACAUCAGAUGCUAACUGCGGCUUUGGACGUCUAACUACAUUCCAAGAAUCCCUGAUACAUCUCCUUGAUGAGCAAAUUUCCAAGAAGAAGUGCCUGUAUCUUUUGUCCUUUGGCUCAGAGGUGGAUUCUUUAUGGAAAGUACCCAGGGAUGUUAAUGACCGAAUAAUUGAGGAGGGUAAGGAGUGGGUGAUGCGUCUACAGGCAGGUGGGGGUUGUAACCUUCUGAAGGCGAUGAAGAUGGUGAUGAACCUGCCAGAUGUGGAUUCUGUAUGUCUGGUUUUGGGAAGUGUGCCUGAUCAGAGUGCUGAGGUGCUGAGUGACUACAUUCAUCAGAUGGCAGUCGGCAGAGAUAUCCCUCUGCAUGCUGUGGCUUAUGACUGUAACAAUCACAUGACAAACAUAACCCUUCGUAACCUGGCAGAAUCUUCCAAGGGGAGGUAUCACUGUUACACUGCUACAUGUGAGGAACAAAUUUACACAAGUACAGAUAUCAGCUUGAUCUUGAAAGAGAUUAAGAAGACACAAGACAUCAUAAACAAAAUUAAGGAAAUGAGGCAAGGCAUGAUGGGAACAGCUCUGGUCAGCAUUAUGAAUGAGAUCAACACCGAGGUAUCUAAAUUGCCCCAGUCCCGCUUCUUGCCUCGACCCCCUGGUCAUGAUCAGCCACUCAGGAUAGAGACGCCAAAAUUCCAGCCCCGCUCCUCUGUUGACUGGAUUAGUCAGCAUGGCUUGAAAGCUAAGCGAUUGGACCUGUACCAGGUUCUGGCUCCCAAUGCCUACUCGUACAAAGAAGAGUUCAUACCUGUCAUUAGAAAGGCUGUACAGUCUCAAGUGCAUGAGAAGUCUAUGGUACAGUUCACCUGGCAUGAUGGGUCAGUGAAGAACGUACAUGUGGACUUGACUCAACUGUUUGAGUAUCAAAAACAACUGGGAGCAGCUGUCAAUCUCUUUGAGAGGCGCAUUGACUGGCUGUCCACUUCAAGUAGGAGGAUUUUUGGAACAGUAGUAGAGAAAAAUGUUGUGUUCCUGAUUGACCUGUCUGUGUCCAAUGUGAAGUAUCUGGUUCACAUCCAACACUCAUUACGGAUCCUCAUGGAGCAGCAGGUGGCUAACAAAGAGUACUUUAACAUCAUUGGGUUUGGAAGCACAGCCAAGGCCUGGAGACCCACUAUGGUUAAACCUACUCCAGAGAACAUGCAGGAUGCAUGGAGAUGGAUAUUGGACAUGCAGUGUGGAGGGAGCAGAAACUUUCUACAGGCGUUCAAGAUGGCUGUUGAGAAUGAUGAAGAAAUCAAACAUGGAAUUCAUGUACAGGGUAUUUACCUGUUCACUAGUGGUGUACCAGAUCAACCUCAGGAUGUGGCUGUGUCCUACGUGGAGGAGGCCAGUUCAGGGAAAAGUCUCAAACUUCAUUCCAUCCUCUUCAAUGUGGAUGACUAUGACUCUAAUGGUGCUAUCCCCAGUCGCUAUGCCAACAUCACAAGGACGGCAGAAUGCCUGAGGAAUAUGGCCCAUGCUAGCAGAGGCAGAUUCCACUGGUUCAGAGAAACAGGAAUCAUAGAGAGUGAUGACAUCCAGUCUAUUACAGCUGAAAUUGACAAAUCUGUAAACUUCUCACGCAAGUGUGCCAUUCUGGUAGAAUCUGUCAAGAAAAAGUACCAGAGGAAAUACCCUGAGUAUGAGAGGGAGGAGCUUCAGGCCCUGCCCACCUACCAGAGAACUAAACCAUUACCAGGCCCAAGACCCUCCUCAGCUAAAAUGUCUGUGUCAGGUAAGGACAGAACACGGGCUUUAGGUUGGAGACCAAGUAGUGCCUCUCAGGCCAAGGAGAAAGUACCUGUCCCUCCAGGAUCAUCAAAGCUCUACAAACCAUCUUCUGCUAGAGACCCUAUGCAGCGUGUGAGACCUCUGGGCAGAGUCACCACCUCCAGCUUCUUCCUGGAGGAGAAAAACUUUGUUACAGGCCAGAAUGUAGGGUCUGUGAUCAAGAAAUAUCCAGGUUCGAAGUCUGUGCGCAAGGCCAUCAGACAACCAACCCUGCCCACAUCCGAGGAUGUAAUGACCACAAAAGAGUGGAUGAGGCUAUACAGUUUGAACAAGUUGAAGUUAGAUCUGAACAGACUGGUGUCAGGACCAGAUUGUCGUCAUGCUGAGAAAAACGUCAAACCCUUACACAAAAACAUAUCAGCCAAGUACUGUAACAUUUUCCCUAGUGUGAAUGUGAAGGGAACAAUCAAGCACCUGCAGCUCUUACCCCAUGAGCUUGUGGAGUAUGAGGCUCAAGUGGAGAGGGUCCUCAAAAGAUACCUCAAGCGACUACAGUGGCUCCUUAGUGGAAGUCACCGGGUAUUUGGGACUGUGGUAGAGAAGAGCUGUGUCUUUCUGAUUGACACCUCUGGGUCCAUGGAGCCAUACAUGGAGGAGCUAAAGAAGGAACUGGCCUCUCUCAUCUGGGAACAGCUUCAUAACAUGGGUGCCAGGUUCAAUCUGAUCAGUUUUGCCAAUGACUGUGUGUCGUGGAGAGAGCGAUGUCAGACUGCCACAGCUGAGAACUGCCAUGAUGUGAUCAAGUGGAGCUCUAGGUUGAUGGCUGGAGGAAACACCUGUACUCUCAAAGCUAUCAAAAUGGCUUUCGCUGACCCAGACAUAGAGGCUGUGUACUUGCUAACAGAUGGUAAACCAGACACAAGUACAUCCCUGGUGCUGAGAGAGGUGUCUGAGAUGAAUGAGAACAGACGUGUGAAGAUCAAUACCAUCUCUUUCAACUGCGAAGACAGCACUGCCAACAAUUUCCUGAAGCUGUUAGCUAGUGAGACCGGAGGCCGCUACCACAGAUGUCAUGGGGAGUUUGACGCGGAUCUCUUUGCUCACAAACUUCUCAGUGAAGGAUUUCAAGAUACAGAGUAUCCCCACUUACCAGACUUUGAAGGAGAUGACCUGAGAAGAUUGGGGGAGGAGAUAACAUUAGCAAGAAGAUUCCUGUCCCAGUCCAGAAACUACAGGUAA